AUGUCAGAACACAAUUAAAAUACUAUUUUGGCUAAUAUUCCUAUUAAAAAAUCUAGCAAAGAAACGAUGAAAAGCAAUAGAAAUAUUAUGAUUAAUUUUGAAAAUCAAUUAUAGUAGAAAGUAGAGGAUAUGUUCAAGACUGAUGGACUUAAAAUUUUAGUGAAAAGAGGCAAAACAUUUGGUUUACUUACAACUAGAUAUUAUAAGAUAGUUAGAGAUUUUCUGUACUACUACAAAAGUAAAGCUAUUACAAGCAAGCCAAAAGGAAUUCUCAAUUUGCGUGACUCGUCUCUUAAAGUUGAGUUAGAAUAUGGAAAAAUAAUUAAGGAGAAGCAAUUUGGAUUGAAAGUGUAAGGUGCUAAAACACAUGGAGUAUUUUGGCUAGUAAGCUAAAACCAAGCAGAAAACAUAACACUUUUUAAAUAUUUGAAGCUACUGAAUGGAUAAUUUUAAAUAAAAUAGCUUCCACUUCUUUCUAACAGGAAUCUUAGAGGAGGAAAUAGUUAGUUGAUAAAUAAUAGUCUAUGUAGUCAAGUUGAAGGAGGAUUAGAAAAUAUGAUCAGUGAGGAAAAAAUAAAUUAAAUAGAGUUUAUGGAUGCAUAACUUAAUUUAGCUUUAAGAAAUGUUGAUAGCAGUGUUGUUUUAAAGAUAGAAAAGCCUUAAAUCGAAGAUAUUAAUGGAGUUUAGUAUAACUCUAGCAAGCAAGUGUGUUACAUAGGAGAGGAAAAUAAAAAUGAUAAUACUCAAUAUGCUUAGUAAAAUAUAAAUUAAAAUAUACUUACAAAUUUAAUUAAUGGAAUAAAAGAUAGAAGUAACAAUCAAUAUGAUAAUUUUUAAAUUGAAAGAAAAGAAAUUAGUUAACAACCUAAUGUAAUCUCAAUAAAAAGAGAUUUUUUAUCUAAAAAAUACGAAGUUGAAAAUGAGUAGAUUUUUGAAGAAGAGGAGGGUUUUAAAAACAAAUAAUGGGGAUAAAUUCAAUAUCAUAAUAGCAGCACAUAUUUUGGAGAAAGUUAAAAAUAAUCAACAAAAAAGAAUAAUGGAUUAAAUUAUAGUAGUUAAUAAAAUCUAGGGAUAGAAGAUAAGAUUAUUCAUUUAGAAUUGUAAAUAUCUCCAAAGAAAAAGUAACCUCAUACAGCAAGCUCUCUUAACGAAAGAAAUAGUACUGGCAAUAAGAGCCAUUUAUAUCAAAUUAAUUAUUCUCCAAACUUCAAUAAUAUGUAUGGGCAAGGUUAUGAUGACGAAUUUUUGUAAAGAGAAAUAGGAGAUGUAUAAUUACCUUCUUCUCCAAAAUAAAUUAUUUAGUUUGACGAUGAUUAUGAUGAAGAAUACAUAGAUUAUUAUGGUGAAAUAAAUUUAAAUUACACUAAUGGCAUAGGUAGUGCAAUAACUAGCUAAAAUACAUUAAAUAAAAUUAAAAAACCUUAAGCAGAUAUAACAAAUCCAUCCUCUUAAAUUUUAUUGCUAAAUUAAAAUACCACAACCCAACAGAAUUUGAGUUAAAAUUAAAUUUUGCUUGUUGAAGCUAGUAGUAAUUUUACUCAAAUGUUAAGUCCUAUUUACUAAUAAUAGGAAUCUAAUUUUUUAAGAUAAUUUAAUCCAAAUGAAGAUUAUGCACAACAACUAAAUUUAAUAAAAGAAUAAGGUAAAAAAAUAGAAGAGUCAAUCAAAACAAGUGAGUAAAUGCUUAAUUACUACAAAGAAUAGUAUGAAUAAAUUAAAAAAUCUACAUCUUGCUUGGAUGAAGCUGAAGAGCUGCAUGAAAAAAAUAAAAAUAACUAAAUUUUAUCAGAAAUAUAUUCUAAUAUUGUUUAAACUAAAAAGCAGCAAUAAUCAACGUAAAUAAAAAACUCAUCAAAUUAAUAUGAAAGUCAUAAGCCAAUUAUUCAUAACUAAUCUAAAAGUGAUAUAAACUUAUUACAUUAUAUAUAUGAAGAUUAAUUUUAUGAAGAUGUUAAUUACAACCAAGAAUAGGUUUGCUAAUUUCCUUACCAAAAUUAAUAUAAUUCUCACAAUUCAAUAGAAUUUAAGCUUUAGUUGAAUGAUAAGUUAAAAAAUAAGUCUGCUCCACAUUCUCCUAAUACAUCUAUUUUAAGAGGUAAUAAAUUUAUUAAUAAAAGCGAGUAAGAUGAAAAUAUUGCAGAAGACUCUGAAGAAGGAUCAAAUGACUAAUUCAAUAGUAGAUAUUGUAGAAAUAUGGAUAUUUUAUCAAAUAACAAUCCUCAUCAAAGAACUUAAACAGAUUUAGCUUUAGAAGAAGAAGCAGUAGCAAAUGAAAAUAGUGGUGAAGAAGAUGAUUACUACCUAAGUGAAAAACCUAGGGAGGAUAAUUUUAGAUCAAGUAACUGUAAUGAAAUAAAAGAGUCGAAAUAUCAAUCAGGUAUAAGCAACAAAACUACUAACUACUAGACAUCUGAAUAUAAAAUAGUAUUAAAUGAAGAAUAAAAAAAAUUAAAUAAAGAAAUGAAGGAAAUUUGCAACUAAGAAAACUCACUAAAACAAAUAGAAGACUUAGAUUUUAAAAUUUUAGAUGAAAUUAAAGAUGAAGUUGGAAGAAAUGUUUCCUAAAUAAAUAAACCUAAUCUAUUUUCAGAUUAAUAAAAUUCGAAUAUUAGGAGGAGCAAAAGUGCAAUAUCCUAAAAGAACAAUGGUACUACAAAUUAAAUAAAAUUCAAAGCAAGAGCUUCUGUGAAGAAUAUUUCUCAAAGGAAUAUAUAUGAUGAAGGAGAAGGAGGGGAAGAUGAAAGUGAGUGUAUCGACAAUCCUAUUGAAUACUCUGAGAAGAUGAAUAAUAAAGAAGAUAUUUCGAAUAAAUAUCGCUAUGAAGAAGAUGAAGUUAUUCAAAGUUCUAAAAUAAUAUAAAAAGAAUCAAUCUAAAUAGAUUCGUCAGGAAAUGUUAUUAAAUAGUUGGAAUAAUCUUUUUCUUAGGGAUCAUCGAAUUCUCAGUCUGUAUCUCCCUAACCUCGUAAUUCACCAACUAAAAUUAUAAAAAAAUAAGAAAACGAUUAAAAAGAAUUUACUUUAAGUAAUUCAUAUAAAAAAAAGUAAAUUAUAGAAUUAUUGGAAAAAGAUUUAAAGCAAUCAAAAGAUACUUCAUCUCAAAAAACAGCUUAAAAUUUCUAAUAAAAUGAGUUAACUUUAAAAAAAUCAUAAAAUUUAAAUUAAACAGAUGUUUUCGAAUUCUAAGACAACAGAAUUAGCGAAGUAAUAUUAAAUUGUAACUCAAUUUAUGCUUGCUUAGAAGAAAUAUGUUAAAUGAUAUGGAAAAAUUUUAUCAGAGAAGCAUAAGAAUAGAUUAAAAUUUUAAAAUAAAGAUUUUCAAAAAAAUAGUUUCUCAUAGAUAUAGCUGAGCUCGAAAUAGAUUUGCUUAUCAUAUCAUUCAGUGGAUAAGUUGAAAAUCUAAAUUUUGUGUGUGAAAAAGUUGAUUAAAUUUUGAAAUCAAUCAAGUUAGAGCAAAAGUAAAAAUAAAACUUUUACGAUUUAUGCCUCUGUGAUAUUAAUCAAGCUGAAUUAUUUCUUAUUAAGGGCAUUAUUUAAUAUAUACAAAAUAAAAAACUAUGA